AUGUCAACCGACCCGCUGGCGAUGCCGACGGCGAGCCAGCGCCUGCUGGACUCCGAGGGGUUCUUCGACUUCGUGAGCCAGGAGAUGCGCAGCGGCCUGCAGGUCAAGGACCGCACGCACAACUUCAAGAAAUACCCGGCGUGCUUCACGGGCAAGGAGGCGGUGGCCUUCUUCAUGGCUAAGAAGUACGCGCAGACGGAGGAGGACGCCAUCAAACUGGGCAACUGCAUCAUGGAGAUGGGUGUCUUCGAACAUGUGACGCGGGACCACGAGCUCAAGAACGAGGGCCUGUUUUACCGAUUCUCGUCCCAGGGGGCGUCGGCGGAGCAGGAGGUGCCGAAGCUGAGCUGGGCGGACGCCGUGCUGCGGCCCAACAACGAGAGCAAGCUCGCCGUGGGGCUGCAGCCCCAGAUGCCCUCGUGGGACAACUCGGGCUUCACGGUGGGGGUGAAGGACCUGAACGUGAGCCCACUGGACGAGCACAACGUCAAGCUGCUGGACAACGUGCACCCGGCGCAGUGGGCGGAGCCAAGCCCCACCAAGGAGAAGUACAACCUGGUGGUCAUAGGCGCGGGGUCGGGGGGGCUGGUGACCGCGGCGGGGUCGGCGGGCGUGGGCGCGCGGGUGGCGAUCAUCGAGGAGCACCUGCUGGGCGGCGACUGCCUGAACGUGGGCUGCGUGCCGUCCAAGGCGGUCAUACGGUGCGCGCGGGCCGUGUAUGAGGCCAGGAACGCGGCGCAAUUUGGUGUGAAAGUGACCGGCGUCGAGGUUGACUUCGGGGCGGUGAUGGAGCGCAUGCGGAGGAUCCGGGCAGGGAUAAGCUCCCACGACUCUGCCGCCCGCUACCAGAGCCUGGGCGUGGACGUUUACAUUGGCCAUGCCAAAUUCACGUCCAAGGACAGCGUGGUGGUGAACGGCAAGGAGCUGAAGUACGCGGCGUGCGUAAUAGCCAGCGGCGCCACGGCCAGCGUGCCCCCCAUCAAGGGCCUCAGGGACGUGCCCUAUCUGACCAACGCGUCGUUCUUCAACCUCACGGAGCUCCCAAAGCGGUUUGGGGUGAUCGGCACAGGCGUCAUAGGCCUGGAGCUGGCCCAGAGCAUGGCCAGGUUCGGUUCCCUGGUGACGGUAAUGGGACGGUCUGGAAAGAUUUUGGAGAAGGAGGACAGGGACGCUGUGGAGAUCAUUCAGAAGCAGCUGGUCGAGGACGGUAUAAUAUUCAAGCUGAAAUGCCAGUACAAGGAGGUGAAACAGGCUGCGGAUGGGACAAUCGAGAUCCAUGUCGUCAACGAUGGCAACAUUGAGAUUGUUGAGGUGGAUCAACUCCUGGUGGCAACUGGCAGGACACCAAACGUGGAAGGCAUGGGCCUUGAGGCAGCUGGGGUGGAAUAUGACAAGAAGAGGGGGAUCAUCGUCAAUGACAAUCUCAUGACAUCCACAAAAGGGAUUUUUGCUGUUGGAGACUGCAGCACUGAGUACAAAUUCACCCAUGUUGCAGACUUCAUGGCCCGCACUGUCAUACGGAAUGCCCUCUUCUUCGGAUCGGGCAAAAUGUCAUCCCUGCUGAUUCCAUGGGCAACAUUUACAGAGCCUGAGGUGGCCCAUGUCGGGCUGUACGACACAGAUCUGUACAAAAAGGGUAUAAAAUUCAAUACCUUUGUGAAGAAGCUUUCAGAGGUGGACAGGGCCAUAACAGAUGGCCAGGAGGAGGGGUUUGUGAAGAUAUAUGUGAAGGAGGGCACAGACAAGAUCCUGGGGGCCACGAUUGUGGCGCACAAUGCUGGCGACAUGAUAUCAGAGAUCUCGGUUGCCAUGCAGGCAGGGUUUGGGCUGGGAUCCAUCGCCUACGUCAUCCACCCCUAUCCCACGCAGGCUGAGGCCAUUCGGAUGUGUGGGGACCUGUACAACAAGACCCGGCUGACCAAGUUUGUUAAGUCCAUGUUUCGCAACCUUCUGGCAUGGAGGAGGAAGUGA